UUUCGUACUCAAAUUAUCAGAAAUUGCACUGUGGCUAGCAGUGAGACAGAAAGUAUUCAAAAGAGACACGUGAUCAUGUCAGACAUUGCAGAUCGUGGGCGCGGCGGUGGAAGGCGUCGAAGGCCCCGUGGAGGACUGACAGGACCGAUGAGAAAGGACAGAGACUAUGAUAUGGAUACAACACCAACCCGGCCAAUCAUUCUUGCAAAACAUGAAGAUCGUGAAAUGUCCAGUCAGAUGUCACGGGAGAGUCGGGGCUCCAGCUCCACUUCACCUGCAUCAACGUCUCGCCACCCUGAGAAGCCAGUGACUGUUCUAAAGUCUCGUGAGGAGGGGCAGCGACCUAUUACCUCUGGUGUCUCCCUUCCAAGUAUUCCAGUGAGCACCCUGCAGGGGGAAACCCCGCCCCAGCCCACUUUCCUCCAUAGAACCAUAGAAGGAAGUAAUAAACUAUCUGGACCACAGGAGAUGUCUAGGUGCCUGAAGCUGAUAGAUGAGCAUAACCAAUGGUGCGAACAGGCAAGCGAGACAUUGCUGGAGCAGACAGACUUCCUUGUGGUUGGUGUAGUUGGGUUGCAGGGAUCUGGCAAGUCCACUAUUCUCUCCUUGCUGGCUGGCAACACAGACACUGAUCCAUCCAGAAACUACAUAUUUCCUGCUCAGACAAGGGAGGUAAGGGAGGAGUGUGGUCACAUGACCAAUGGCAUUGACAUCCAUGUCACUUCACAGAGGGUCAUUCUUCUUGAUUCACAGCCAUUACUAAGUGCUUCAGUGUUGGACCAAUUAAUUCACAAUGAGAAGAAAAUCCCACCAGAGUACAACUUUGCAGAGAAUUAUGCUGAAAUACAGAGCAUGCAGCAUGUGUCAUUCCUGUUGACGGUAUGUAAUGUUGUGUUGGUGGUGCAGGACUGGUUCACAGACAUGGCCCUACUCCGCUUCCUCCUCACCGCCGAGAUGCUCAAACCCUCCACCCCAACCCAUGACACCAGCUCUACCUCCGACGACCAGCCAGACUUCUAUCCACAUGUCGUGUUUGUCCAGAACAAGGCUCGGCGGGAGGACUUCAGUGUGGAAAACUUCACAGCCAUGCAAAAAACACUUGCCAAUAUAUUCGCUGACUCCAAACUCAAGAUAAAAGGUGAUGUGGGGAUUCUGACUGGGAGGCAGUCAUUUGGGCUGAACCCAUCGCACUUGAAGACCAACCAGAACCUGUUCCUGCUUCCUCAAAUGGACAAACAGAAGGACAACAGCCAAGAUACAUUGAUGAGCCAGCUGCCUGAGUACAGAGGCUACCCAAGUUUUCAGACCCUGAUUAACUCGCUGCGUGGCCAGAUCCUCUCCAUGCCACGCGACCUACAUACACAUACAACACUGUCAGAGAAAAACUGGUUCCACUAUGCUGCCAGAAUUUGGGACUCCAUCAAGAAAUCCCAGCUGAUAGCCGAGUACAACAGAUUGUUGUUCUGACACACCAGACCAACCCCCUAGCUUCUUACUUGAAGGGAAUGAGAUCAGUAAGCUGUCACCAUGACACCCAAUGAUUCAGUGUCUACCAAAUGGAAAGCUCAGUAAAGAGAAGUUAUCAAUAUUCACAUCAAGGCAUACAUGUCAUGGCCUACAUUUUGUGAAUUUAUGAAACAAACAAACCAUUGUUAUGCUAGUAUUGAAAAAUUCUCAUGACCUUUGUUAAAAAACACAAUAGACUGUGCUUGCAUUUCAAACACCAUUAUUUUUGCGAGUGUCCUGCAGAAAAUACCCAGUCAUUAUGUCAGUCCUUCAUAAAAAAAUUAAUGUUUUUUUUUUCUUUUUUUUAUUAUAUAUAUUAACUUCCAACCUCAUACAAAUGAUCACAGUAACAACAUGUUCUUUAAUAUUGGUAACAUAACUCUAAAUAAAAAGUGUCAGAUUUACAGCCUGUUUGUAAACAUUAACAUUCAAAUUCAAGAAGUGAAUUAGCAUUUUAUCACAACUGAAGAAGGUUUGGAAGGAAUUAAAUAAGACUUGAAGCAUCAUAUAUGACAUUGUGAACUGUACAUCUGUACCUCCCUUGAUAAAAACUAAUUGAGCAUCAUAAUAUGAUGGAAAAACUUGAUGAAAGUGGAAAGAGAUAAAAAGCAAUUGGUUCUCAUUUUAAGAACAAUAGCUCUGUUACUCAUUAUUCCUAAAUUGUAUCCCAUGGCAUAAUGUGUUUCAGCAAAAGAAUUUACUAUUUAUCAGAACUUGAUUGGCAGUGUUUUUGCUUGCAAUAAAUGGCAAUGAGAAGUUGUACACAGUUCUAAGAACUCUGACACAUGUUUUUAAACAUAUUGUAUUGUUAUGAUAAUCUACCCCGAGUUAAAAAGAUGCUUUGUACAUACAAAAUAAAAACAGUGCAUAGAAAAUGUAA